AUGAGUAGUGUAAUAGAUGAGUUAUGGAAAAGGUUUAAGUCACUUGAUGUUAUUGGGAAAGGGGCAUUAAAAAGUAGAAUUUUUGAACUUGCCUUCCCUACAAUGACUUCUAUGUGUCCACCAGCUGAGAAAGUAAAAACUAAAGAGGGAGUCAAGAAGAAAGACAAAAAACCAGUAGGAUCAGAUGUUUAUAUAGACCAUUCGUAUCACGAUGUUGUAUCAGAUGGUAAUUGUGGAUUUAGAGUCAUUGCUUCAUUGCAUGGAUAUGGUGAAGAUGGUUGGCCAAUGGUUCGUCGAGACUUGGGGUUGGAAAUAAUACAUAAUGAAAGAUCAAGUUUGUAUGCCAAUUUAUUUACUGAUCAGUUAGCAGUGGUGAGAGAAUCUUUGAUGAUAGAGGAAUUUGAUCCUCAACCACCACAUAAAUGGUUAACUCUACCAGAUAUGGGUUACAUGAUAGUGAAUCGUUAUAAUGUUGUACUUGUCUGUUUAGGAAUUGAAUGCUGGACUUUCUUCCCUAUGGUAACUUCAUUUUCACCGAAUGUAGCAAUUUACUGCAUUGGUUUUGUAAACAAAAAUAAUUGGGUAAACAUGAAAGAAGAGUUUCCAUUGCCACCAGUGAUAGUAGAUUGGAAGAAGUUUCGUUCUCCAGCAGCAACAUCUUGGAUGCUAGGACUUGCAGAACGUCUACAACAUUGUCAACAACUUACGCCUAUAUUACCAACACAUUAUAAACUAUAA